CAUUUCCUAAUCCGUCUUUCAUGCUGAAUUCUUUGUUCUAAAGGAACGCUACAUGCUGCAGCCUCUCCUUUAAUCUCUUGCUUCAUUCAUGCAGAGCUCAGCCUGCAGCUGCAACACAUGCUGCUGUUGCUAUUUCUGUCAAACUGCUUUAAUGCACAUUACACACUCAGGACGAGGGCUUCGGCACACACACCAUUAGCGGCAGCAUGUGGCUCGUCUUGCUCUCUCUCUCCCACACACACACAGGCUCUCUCGCCCUCAGUCGGUGAGCUGGAUGUGUUGGACGGAGCUCUGAGGCGACCAGAGGAAGCCGACAGAGCAGCGAUGAGGACGAAAGGGCGUUUGUGGUGAUGAACAGCAUUUGAGCCAGAUAACAACUACAGUCCAGCUUCAACUCAAGAUUUGGUUUCAAGCGGAAUCUGGAGCUUUGAGUUGGAAACAGUUCCUCUCCACAAACAAUUCUGAUUUUAAAGCUAAAUGGGGAUUUUUAGCUUUUUCACCCCCAAAAGCAGCAGAUGAAGCAGAAAAAGACCAGCUUCUCAUCUCGAUCUCUCCGAUUGGAGGCUGAAGCGGCAGAGCAGAUGGUUACGUCCCGUCUCCUUCUCAGGACCCGCUCCACAGACGGAUGCCAGCCUGAAGCCGUUCUGGAGUCAGACAUGAAGAAUCAGGACCAGUAUGGACGAACCCAUCUGGAGAGUCUGGUCUGCGCAGGCCUGUCCAGUCUGGUGUUGGUUCUGUUGGGACCGCUGGGUUCUGUCCACAGCUGUCCUGGUCUUUGCACUUGCUACGGUAACACCACGGAGUGUCCUGCUGCUGGGCUCCUCUCCCUGACGCCCAUCCUGUCACUAGACCAGGGCACCCUGAUCCUCCGUCUCCCCCACAACAACAUCUCCUCUUUGGGCAGAGCGGACCUGUCCAACCUCAGCAGCCUGGAGCUGUUGGACCUUUCCCACAACCACUUGUCCUCACUACAGCCCGGAGCGUUCUCCGGCCUGAGCGGUCUGCACUGGCUCAACCUCUCUGCUAACUACUUCGGGCUACGUCUGGCGACAUCUGACCCAAACAACAGCACCGAGGCCCUACGGAGCUUCAGUGGAAAUAAAGGCACCAUUGGCCUGAGCAAGGACGUUUUUAAGGGGCUGUGGCGCUUACGAGGGCUCGACCUGUCCUUCAACGGCCUCCUGUGGGUGCCCAAGGGUCUGCUGGAUGGGCUGCAGAGGCUCGUCUGGUUGUCCCUGGCCAACAACCGGCUGGUGGCCCUGGACAGAGUCACCUUUGAGCCGCUGGUGGAGCUGCAGCAUCUGCAGCUGGCAGGAAACCCCUGGGAGUGCGACUGCAAGCUGAGGGACUUCAAGCACUGGAUAGAGUGGUUGAUUUACAGGGAUGGGCAGGUAGAUGCGAUGCAGUGCAGUCUCCCAAAGGAUUUGAAGGGCAGAGACAUGCGCAGCGUGCCGGUGGAGAUGUUCAGCUACUGCCUGCACGGCAUCUCCAGGGACGGCGUGCCGGGCUACGCCACCCGGCCGCCGUGCCCGCCCGGCCGCAUCAACAGCAACGAGGACUGCGUGCGCUACCGCUACCGCCCCCUGAGCGUGCGCCGGGCGCACGGCACGCAGAUCGUGGCAGGCGUGGUGUGUGGCACGGUGUGCGUCAUGAUGGUGGUGGCCGCCACUUAUGGCUGCAUCUACGCCUCGCUGAUGGCGCGGUACCAGCGGCAGAUGAAGCGCCGCGGCCCACCUCUGAUGGCCGAGUCCGGAGCCGAGACAGACAUGGAAGACGGGCAAAUGUCCCCGACCUCAGCGGAGAAGUCGCCGCCAAAGGAGGCCUGUGGGACGGUGCACGGCUACCGAAUCAGCAGCUUCUGACACGCGGCUUUGUACAGAUGCUAGAUCCCGACGGGACCCGAGGCUACUUCAGCGCCUCUCAUCGCUGAUGAGACGACAUGUGGAGAGGAAAACCCUGCAGCUCUGCAACUGGGCUGUAAAUCUCUGGGCGGGGACUGAUUGUACAGCUAAUGGACCGGAUGGGAUUCAGUGAAACUGAGAUGCUGCAGCACUUCCUUUAAUAUAUGGAAGCUCUGUGAAUUGUUAUUCCCCGCGCUGCAUUUCUCAGCCAGCUUUUAAACUCCUUUGAGCUGCUGUUUGGCACUUCUGCACCUUGACUUCCUUUUAUCUGUGUUUCAUUGGUUGUUAUUAUUUAUCUUAAAGUAUCUGUCUUUGUCUUGCCUAAGUUUGCCCAACAAGCUUCAAAAGUACAAACAUGUGAAAUGUUUCCUUUUCUUAUGUUCAUCUUCAUUGUUAGAAACGAUUCCUUGCACUUCAAUUAGGACGCUCCAUUGUUAAAUUCCCUACAAAUAACAGAGACUUUGACGUGUACCCCUGUCCUACUGCCAUCAGGUAAAAAGCUACUUGAUGCUUCAUGACUUAGAUGCGCUCAGACUGUAGAGCAAUGCUGCCACCUGGAGGGCAAGCUUUGAGCUGCAGCAGCUUCUAAAUCAGCACAAAAAACUCAAGCAGAGUCCACAUAGACACUAUAAACAUCCAUGUGUUUAGAUUUUAUCCAUAUUUCUGUGAUAAGCACAUUUAGCUGUGUAUGUAAUUUAACUCAAGGACUGUUAUGUUAAAGACAAUAAACUCUAAUAUUUAUGUAAACUGCUAAUUUCUUCUUUUUCAAAACGACUGACAUGACGACAAACUCAGUCCUGGUCACAGAACCGGGCGGUG